UUCCAGUUUAAUUGCAAUCCGAUAUCGUUUAUGACUUUUUCACACGGUUUUUACUACUUUUGAGCAAGUGCGAUAGCCGAAAAGAUUAUUUUCGAGAAAUAGAGGAGUGGUCCGUGCUUUGGAGUUUCGUUUCUCCUUGAAGAGUGGAUAUUGGGCGUUGAGUUUCGAAUUUCUCCAGGGGAGUAACCUCCAAGGUAACUUCCGCUCGCCCAGAAUAGUUUUUUUUUAUCUUGAAAGAGUACUUCAAGCUCCAGUUCUCCUGAGGAAUAUUCGUUGAGAGAGACUUGACGAUGUCGAACGAGGGGUCUGAUAGCAGUGAUGUCGAGCAACCGACAGACCUGGACACCAGCGAAGGCAGUGAGCUUCCCUCCGAGAGUCCAUUGCUCAUGAAAUCGAGGGAACAGUAUCAAACACUCUACCGAAAAUUCAUGGAAUGGAAGGAGGCAAAUAACAAGGAAUCACUUACUGAGGAUGUCUUCAUGGAUUACUUCACCGAUUUGGCUGAGAAAAUGAAGCCAUCGACACUGUGGUCCCAGUACUCCAUGCUCAAAGCUACAAUGUUUGCUAAUGAGAAAGUUAACAUAAAUAAUUUUCACAGAUUGAGAAGUUUCUUGAGGACGAAGUCAAUUGGAUAUAAAAGCAAAACCAGCCACGGAUUCACGUCCAGGGAAAUUGAAACCUUUUUGAAGGAUGCCCCUGAUAGUCAGUAUUUGGCAGAAAAGGUUUCUUUAAUUUUUGGAAUCCUCGGUGCAUGCAGAAGCCACGAACUCGUUCACAUAACUGUCGACAACAUCGAGGAUGAUGGGAUAAUGGCACUAGUUACAAUUCCAAAAAGCGAUAGCGAUCCCGAACGUUCGUUCACAAUUUGCGGUGAAUUUUACCAAGUGUACAAGAGAUACGCACUGCUGCGACCGAAAAAAACAGACUGUCGAAGAUUUUUCUUGAGUUAUCGCGGUGGAAGGUGUGUAAACCAGGUCAUUGGUCUCCACAAAUUCGGUGGUAUGCCGAGACAAAUCGCAACUUUCCUGAAUUUACCAGAUCCCGAUGGUUACACGGGCCACAGUUUCCGAAGGACUUCGGCAACUCUUCUUGCUGCGUCAGGAACUGAUUACAAGACCCUGCAGAGUCAUGUGGGCUGGAACUCGAAGAUUGCCAGGGACAUCGCCGAGGGGAAGAGGAGAAAUCAAAUUCGUUUGGCCAAACGGAUAACAGAAUCAGUGUUUUUGAAACCCUCGACAUCCAAGUCGAACGACAAUUCUGAGAGUCGAGCACCUGUUGAACAAGUGACCGCUGUCCCAGAACAGAUACAGAGUAUCGAUGAUCCGCUGUUUAUUGACUGCAACACCACUAUCAAGGAGGAGGUCUCGGAGGAGAUUAUUGAACCUGAAGAAUUGCCACCACUAGUUACUGUUCCUCCAUCUGCUCCCAAGCUUAAGGUCGUCAGCAAACUACCAGGGAAGCCAGUGGUAGUUCAGCCAGCUCCUCAGCCAGUUGUCAGCCAGCCGAUAAAGAUUGCACCCAAGCCUGUAAUUCGUAUCCAGCCGAAGAUUUUGCCUGCACCUCCUCCCCCGCAAAACAUUAAACCGAAAAAGAUUCUGCCUGGACCGCCUCCCCUCCAGAAUGUUUCGACAAAGCGUCUGGUGGUGAAGACAAUCUCAGUGCAAAGACCACCAGUGCCACAACCAUCUUUGAACCCCCAUCACAAGCCAACACCCCACCGCUCCCCAGAGGUCUGCUUGAGAUGGGGCUUUCACCACAACAACAUGCAGACCAGCUUCCCAUCCUUCCUCAACUCUGAGGAGUUCGUCGACGUGACUCUCGCCUGCGAGGGAAAGUCUGUCAAGUGUCACAAAGUCAUUCUGUCCUCCUGCAGCGAUUACCUAGCAGCAUUACUUCGUGAAAACCCCUGUCAGCAUCCAAUAAUCCUCAUGAAGGAUCUGAAAUUUUGGGAAGUUGAGGCUCUCGUUAGGUUCAUGUACAAAGGGGAAGUCAAUAUUUCUCACGACAAGUUGCCACAGCUUCUCAAAGCAGCUGAUGCACUCCAGGUCAAGGGACUGGUCAAUUUCACUCCUGCACAGUUUUCAUUGCAGAGUAAGAAGCCAAUGCCAGUGACUCCACAGGUGAUACGUCAAUCUCCACGAUCGGUUGGAAAUCCCGCAAAGUCUACAGAGAUGAAAACCCAGCAUCAAGCUCCCAAACCCACGACGAAUGUCUCGAAUGUGUCAGCGAUUCAUUCUGCGUCAAUCCUGAGACGAGGUAUUAAGCGUCCGUUGCAGGUGAAGAAGCAAUCAAUCGUCUCGAAAUAUCGUCGGCCUCGUCCAAAGACUCCGCCACCAGUCGCAGAAUUAUCACCCGAGAUAAAGGAGGAAACCCUGGACAUACCCCUGGGGGAUUCCGACAUUUUUCCGGAGACUGAACAUUAUGAGAAUCUCAUAAUGUUGAAUGAGGAUAGCCCUCCGGAGGAAAAACCACCUGAACCCCCUGGCGAUGGCCUAAUGGUAUCUCCUCAUAACUCUGAAGACAUUUCUGACGUUCAGGAGCAAAUGGACAUGCUGACGGAUUUUUUACAACAGGAAAACAGUUUUCUAGAGAAGAUGGAUGCUGUGGACGAUUGUAGUGGACAACCCCCUGGGAGUGAGAUCCAAUAUCACGGGGAACCGGGUGAAUUGGAUGAAACGGAUGGGACAUUUAAGCAGAGAACCACUUGAUGGAAAGAACAUGAUACACGACCUAAAUAUAAAUUUUGAUAAGGGUAGUUUCGAUUGCUAAUGAAUCGAAAAAACUGAAGAACAUGUCUAACAAUCGAAAAAAAGUGUCGAGAGAAGUUAAACUGACCGUCUUCCAUCGUCAAUACCUCCUGACCAAAUGAUUCAAUUGAAAUGAGUCACAUCUCAUUGUAAACUUGAAAAAAAUGCCUUGAAGUUGACAAAAAAAUCGAAAUUUUUCACUCUGCGGUUCCUGAGUUAUUGACGAUGGAGAGCGGUCCCUUCAACUGAUUCCUCUGUAUGCAUCUAAAAUAUCAAAAGAACGAGAAACGAAUGUCAUUUAUUUCACGAUUAAUAAAUAAUAAUUUUUUUUGAAAAA